AUUGACUUAUAUAGCUGCACGAUCCCAAGUAAAGUACAAUACAAGGUGCUAGCUUGAGAAUAGAAAAAUGGUGAUGAGUUUAUCAUUUUCUUUGGUGACAGUAAAGCCUUAUUCCAUGAGUGUGAGCAAUAAGAAAGCAUGUCGUAGCCGAAGAAGAUUUAGUGUUACAAGGGCAGAAAUAACCGUGGCUCCCAAUCCCCAACAAAGAAGGCAAUUAUCGAAGCAAGGAUUUCCUCUAACGGAUUUACACGUACAAGAGGUUGUUCACAGGCAGUCUCAAAUUAUUAGUCCUUGUAGCAAGCCUAAGCUACAGUUUCAUUCAAAUUUUCUGAAUGACGCCUAUGAAAUGUGCAGAAAUAUCUGCGCCGAAUACGCGAAGACCUUCUAUCUAGGAACCUUGCUUAUGACGGAAGAAAGACAGAAAGCUAUAUGGGCAAUUUAUGUCUGGUGCAGGAGGACGGAUGAGCUGGUUGAUGGUCCUAACGCUGCGUAUAUGAGCUCUGCUGUUCUUGAUAGAUGGGAAGAUAGACUGCACGACAUUUUCAACGGACAUCCCUAUGAUAUGCUUGAUGCCGCUCUUACUGAUACCCUCUCCAAGUUUCCCUUGGAUAUCAAGCCUUUCAGAGACAUGAUACAAGGAAUGAGAAUGGAUACGAGGAAAGCUCGCUACAACAAUUUCCAAGAGCUAUAUCUUUACUGUUACUAUGUGGCGGGAACCGUUGGCUUAAUGACUGUUCCAAUAAUGGGUAUCGCACAGGAGUCGGUUGUCCCUGUACAAAGUGUAUACGAUGCUGCUCUAUAUCUGGGUAUAGGAAAUCAACUCACCAACAUUCUUAGAGAUGUCGGAGAGGAUGCAUUAAGAGGUAGAGUGUAUCUUCCCCAAGACGAACUAGCCCAGUUUGGAUUAUGUGACAAGGAUGUGUUUUCAAGAAAUGUGAGUGAAAGAUGGAGAAAGUUUAUGAAACAUCAAAUUACGAGGGCAAGAUUCUACUUCAACCGGGCAGAAGAAGGAGUUUCUCAGCUUGAAAAGGCCAGCCGUUGGCCGGUUUGGUCCUCAUUAAUAUUGUAUCGUAAGAUCCUAGAUGCAAUUGAAGACAACGACUACGACAAUUUGACUAAACGAGCUCACGUGGGACGAGCUAAGAAAUUUUUUACGUUGCCUCAAGCUUACACUAGAUCUCUUUCAAAUCACAAAACGAAAUUUCGACCUUCAUUGACAAGGCAUAUUUAGAAAACUGGUAGCCUGAAAUUGUUUGUAUGCCAAAUACGUAUCCAAUGAAACACAUUUACUUGGCUUCCUUGUACAGACAAUUGGAAAGAAAGUACUGAAAUCAAUUCUAAAUCAAUAUGAAAGCUUUCCUUUGCAACCGUCAACUUCCACGAUGGAUGCAACAUUUCCACUUUUCAAAUAAGUGUUUUUCUAAGCUUUUCAACUAAUACGUAUAGACAAAGGAUUUGCCGACGUAUGAAGUAAUUUGUACAACGUUUUACCAAAAUGUUGAUGCCUGGAGCUACUUUAGAAUGUCUGAAGCAAAGGGCAAUGACAUGCCAAAUUGUCAAUGGGCGUUGUGGUAAGUUGACCAGCUAGCCUGUGUUCAGAAUUACCACGACCACCUACUCCAAAGCAUGAAAGGCAGAACAACAAUCAUCUAUUUCAGGCGUAACACUUGUAUAUCAUUUAGACUGUAUUGUACCCAGGAAGUUUAAAGGAAAUUAUCUUACCUAUAAUAUCUCUUGACUUGUGAGCGUCCUUAAUGCGUAACUUGAGCGCAUAUAAACAAGUAUAUGUAAUUUUGCGUAGUUGUCAACGUAUCAACUUUCUACCUUAAUGGAAAAGUUUUUUUGACA